GUUGCGCGUUCUCCGCGUAAUCGCGAUUUUGUACAUAUUUUUUGGGAUAAAAGUUAUUUUGAUCUUUAUUUCAGUUAUUAGAAACUUCUCUGAUUUCAUAGAAUCAGUUCCAUAAAAAAAUAUCCGCCCAGAAGUUGGCAAAUCAAAAGUGAAACAUGCAGUCUCCCAGCACAUCCACGUGUUUGAUGGACGGUUUCCGGUGCCGACUGUGCUUCAAGUCGUCGGAUCACAAUCUGCAACCGUUGUUCCCGCCCGGCGAUGAGUGUUUCGUAAACGAUCUGCUCAGUCAAAUCUACGACUGUUUGACUAUUCACGUGUCCUUCCUGGAGGAUUUCUGCUCCGUGAUUUGCUCGGAAUGUCGGGAAAAAAUCAACUCGUUUUACACCUUCAAAAAGCAGUGCCAAUCCAACGAUGGCUAUCUACGCGAGAAGCGAUCCCGGGAAAUGACCGGAGUAGAAGUGGAAAGAAACACAAAGGACCUCAACACGACCAAUUCGGAAGUGGAAGCUAGUUGCGGGAAGGUUAAGGAACCCAAGCCAGAGGAGCUAAUAGAACAAACGGAAAGUAUUUUCUUUCCCGGCAAAGAAAACGAGACUAAAUCCUGGAAACUGGUUCAGAGGGUAGACGUUGGCACACAGAUGGACCCUGAAGUGGUUUUGAAAUGUUCCAAACUGGAUGGGGAAAUUGUGGAGAAAGUGGACGUUGCUGUUCAGAUGUGUGGGACCAGCUCCCAGGAAUCGUUCCGUGGAUUUUCGGAUGAGUUCUACGCUAGACGAUCGCCGCGGAUUUUUAUCAAAAAUUCCGUUACCGAGGCGUUCGAGAUGAUAACGGCACCUGCGACGGCCAAUGACGACAUGCAAAAAUGUCAAAUCACCAUCGAAAAGCUUGACAUUAAACCGGAGAUUCCGGUUCAGCUGCCGGAAGUAGACGAAAUAAAACCCCAAGUUAUUCCCAAGGAAAAGCGUCAAAAGAAAGUCAAGACAACGCCCAUCGCUAAGAACUUCGAGCAGGCUCCAAGACUGCUUCGCCAAAAAGCCGUCCUGUUCUACGAUGGGUUUGAGUACCGGAAACCGCGAACCUGUCACGACGGAACCACCGAUUGGGUAUGCUGUAAGAUUUCUUGCCCGGCAACUCUCGAACAGAAAGCCGAUGGCAAGUUGAAGCUGAACGCCAAACACAAGCAACACCUGCCACAGGUAGUCCGCGAUACGGUGGUUCUCGACCGAAAGAGCCGAAAGCUGGUGCCGGUAAUGGUGACCCACAACAAUCACAAACGAAAGGUAAUCUGUGACGAUGCCUUCCGGUAUCGUCUGUCGACAAAGAUGACCAACGGACAAACGGUUUAUGCUUGCGAUGCCCAACCGGCGGGCUGCAAGGCUUUCCUAAGGGUUUGGGGAGAUUUCCGAGCGGUGUCCAAAGUGUUCCAGCACAAUCAUGCCGAAACGAUAAUGGUGAGAAGGCGCAAGGCGGCCCAGAAGGAAAAGCUGCCAGAGAAGGGCGAACGGAAGCCGGUUAAGCAAGCGUAAGCUAAAGAUCUCUUCUAUUAUGAUUUCCUAGCAAUUAUUAUUCUUUUUAUUAUUGAGAUUUUCAGCCCAAGGCUGGUUCAUCUCGGUGGUUCCCUAUUAAGUCAAAUGUGCUGUUUUUAAAUGACAAUCAUGUAAAGUUAUUCUGACUUCAUCAAUAGUUUCCAAACUAUGAAAAUCAUGUUUUUACAUAAUAAUUUUCUAUUAAUACGUUUUUUUACAUUUUUCGCUUUUGAGUUCACUAGCACAAGAUUAUGGAUACAUAAUAUUUUUCAAUAAUUCAAUAAACCCACAUUUUCACUAAACUGUUUUUUUGAAAAUGCAACGGAAAACUUCACCGUUGA